CACGGCACCCUAUUUAACAUUAUUCACUGUCCCCUGUUCUUCCUCUCUCCUUCUCUCCGAGUCUUUGCGGGAUUCAAUUUCGAUUAUCAGUCAUUUCCUCUCUCUCUCUCUCUCUUUUUGUAAAGAUCGAUCAAUGGAUCCAAUGAGAUCAUCGCACUGGUGCUACGGUUGUAGUCGGUUCGUUACGAUUUUGGGUCAUGACGCGGUCAUCUGCCCUAGCUGCGGCGGCGGAUUUGUCGAAGAAACAGGGACCACACCUUCUCGAUCUCCGACUCCGUACGUAUCGAGCCCCCGACCCCAUCGAAGCCGACGCAAUGGCGGAGAUCGUUCACCUUUCAACCCCGUCAUCGUCCUCCGAGGGCCUCCCGAUGGCGGCGGUGGUGGGAAUGAUAGUAACGCAGCGGCUGAGAGAGGUAACUUCGAGCUGUUUUAUGAUGAAGGUGCAGGGUCGGGUCUUCGGCCGCUUCCCGCCGGGAUCUCCGAAUUCUUGAUGGGGUCGGGGUUCGAUCGGCUGCUUGAUCAAUUGUCACAAUUAGAGUUUAACGGUGUUGGUAGAUUUGAUCAACCUCCGGCUUCGAAGGCUGCAGUACAGUCUUUGCCUGUUGUGAAGAUCGUUGCUGGUCAUGUUAACCAUGAAUCGCACUGCGCUGUUUGUAGAGAACCAUUCGAGCUGAACACUGAUGCACGGGAGAUGCCUUGUAAACAUAUUUACCACUCGGAUUGUAUUCUCCCUUGGUUGUCGAUCCGCAAUUCGUGCCCGCUUUGUCGACAUGAAUUACCAUCUGAGAACCAUACAAGUGGGACAAAUUCGCCAGCUGGAGACGAAGAGACAGUAGGGCUGACGAUAUGGAGACUCCCAGGGGGUGGAUUCGCUGUGGGCAGGUUUACUGGGGGGAGAACAGCUUCCGAGAGGGAGCUUCCAGUUGUUUUCACGGAGAUGGAUGGUGGAUUUAAUACUGGUGGUGCUGUUGGUGGAGGCGUUGCUGUUCCUAGGAGAAUUCUGUGGGCGCCGAGCGGGAGGAGAUCACGGGGGAGUGGUAGAUUGCGUAGUGCUUUUCGCAGCUUCUUUUCCAUCUUUAGGAGGACAAGAAUUUUUUCUCACCAAAGAAGUGCGGCUAAUGCGGCCAUGGAUUAGAGCCAUUAAGAAGUGUGACUGUAUGUUGACAUUGAUUCUAUAAUUGUUGAGUUCAUCUAAUUAAAGGAUACAUUUUGCUGGGCAAUAUGAUUCACUUUCUGUUGAUAACAGAAUCUGAGAACGAAUUGAGGAUUGCUCAGUUUGAAUUCUGUGAAAAAGAGAAUUUUUUGAUUUGGUUGAAGAUAGUCGGUAAAUAGAAGAAGACGAUGACUUAAAAGAAUGCCAUGUAGUGCCAGAGUGUGCCUUUAGAAGUUGUUAAGUCACAAAAUCUGGUGUAAAACUGUGUCUCUACCGAGGUUAGGCCUGAAAAUGUUGCACUGAAUUAUUUUUUCCACAAAUCAUUUUCAGAUGCAUUGUUCAAUUUGUUCUUUUUGUUUGUAAUUGAAUUGCAGCGGCUUGAUAUUUGCAACACUUUGUGGACAAUUUUGAGUCAUUGGAUUCAUAUUACGAUCAUUGUCUCUC